CCCCGCGCCCCGAUCCGCCCGAUCCGCGCCGGAUCCCCUCCCCCCACCGCGGGCACCCGCCGCAGAUGGGCGUCGGCCGCACCAGCCGCGGCGGGCCCUCGACCGCGGGCCGGCCCUACUUCCCGCCGAUCUCCGCGGCGCCGGCCGCCUCCUCCCCCUCCCCGCCGUCCCCGCCGGCGCCCCCCGUCGAGACAGCCUCCACCUCCGUCACCAAGACCGUCAACGGGUCGCACCACUUCAAGAUCGCCGGCUACUCGCUCGCCAAGGGGAUCGGGGUCGGCAAGUACAUCGCCUCCGAGUCCUUCACCGUCGGCGGCUUCGAGUGGGCCAUCUACUUCUACCCCGACGGCAAGAGCGCCGAGGACGGCGCCGCCUACGUCUCGCUCUUCAUCGCGCUCGCCAGCGAGGGCACCGACGUGCGCGCGCUCUUCGAGCUCACGCUCGUCGACCAGAGCGGCAAGGGCCAGGACAAGGUGCACACCCACUUCGGGCGGUCGCUUGAGGGCGGGCCCUACACGCUCAAGUACCGGGGCAGCAUGUGGGGUUACAAACGUUUCUUCAAACGCUCUGGCCUGGAAACAUCAGAUUAUCUCAAAGAUGAUUGCCUUCUGGUAAACUGCACCGUUGGUGUUGUUCAGUCACAUACUGAAGGGCCAAAGAUAUACAGGAUACCAGUGCCACAAUCUGACAUGUCUCAGCAUAUUGGGCAUUUGUUGACCAGUGGGAAGAGAACUGACAUAACAUUUGAAGUUGAUGAAGAGAUGUUUCCUGCUCACAAGGUGGUUCUUGCAGCCCGAUCACCAGUUUUUAGGGCACAACUCUUUGGUCCCAUGAAGGAUAAAAACAUGAAGUGCAUAAAGAUUGAAGACAUGGAGGCUCCAGUGUUCAAGGCCUUGCUCCAUUUUAUGUACUGGGAUGAGUUGCCCAAUAUAGAAGAGCUUACUGGUCUAAAUACGACUUGGGUUUCCACUUUGAUGGCUCAGCAUUUGCUUGCAGCUGCUGACCGGUAUGCAUUGGAGAGACUAAAGCUGCUCUCUGAACUCAAGCUAUGCGAAGACGUUGCAAUAAACACAGUUGCAAAUACUUUGGCGCUGGCUGAACAGCACCAUUGCCACCAGCUAAAAACUGUUUGCUUGAAAUUUGUGGCCUCGCCGGAAAAUUUGAAAGCUGUCAUGCAAACCGAAGGAUUCGAUUAUUUGCAGCAAAGCUGCCCUUCUCUCCUGACCGAGCUUCUGGAGUAUGUUGCGAAGGUAGGAGACCAUGCUGUGCCCCCCUGCUUAUAUUCCAACGAAGUGCUGGAUGGCGGUGAUGCCAAUGGAAGACGUGUGAAACCAAGACUUUAACUGCUCCCCAGGUCAGCCUAGAAGGAGUUUCAUGGCUGUUGUGCUGUAAAGUGUUCCUAUAACAGCAUGCAUGUGGCAUGCUGUAGUGUGUAUCGGUGUUUGUCUUGUGAUUCUGAUCUUCAUCUUCAUCCUCAGCCGUGAUGCUAGUCUGGAGCUCGUUGUUGCUGAUAUAUAUUCAACUGACUGGCCUACAAUUGCAUUUGCUGCGAAGCUCUGUUACUUUGCAGCCUGUGGUCAUAAGUGCACACAUACACAGGUGGCGCGGCGAAGGUUGACUGACCUGACCGGUACAAGGUUUGAUCAAGCAGAAAUAAAAGCGCAGGAUGUGUUCACAGUUGGUUUGUGCUAGGUCAGCCUUGUCGAUUCCUAGUCGUCUGCAUGACUACUUGUAUUGAGUUGAAACGAUGUAAUCCAAUGAGAUCUAUUUGAAUUGAAUACCUAUGUUUAAAGUUCUUGUGUUUGCUUU